CAAGAGCAAUAAAGGCUAUAGUACCGUGCAUAAAAGAAAUUGACAUUAUAUUGACAAUAGUACAAUAAAAAUACUACAAGAUGUUUCCGUUAUCCGCCGCGUCGUGGGAUUUGUGAUGUGAUGUGUUGAUCUGGGAGAUUUUCUUUUCUUAUGGAUAACAGGGAACAGUGAUUUGAUUUGUUUUGUAUUCUACGUUUUCGCUUUGUAUCGUGUGUAAUUUGUAUUGAACAAUGAUAACGAAAAUGCAACCGCAAGCGAACGUAGCUGUGCCACAAUCUGUCACGACGCAACCCCAGCCUCAGCAAAUUGUCGGAGUUCCUGCAAAUGCAGUGAUUUUAAAAAUGUCUGAUAUACAACAGAUUUCAACAGUGGGUCUUCUAGAACUGGCCCAUCGGGAGUACCAGGCUGGCGAUUACGAGAGCGCCGAGUUGCACUGCAUGCAGUUGUGGAGGCAGGACGGCACCAACACUGGCGUGCUGCUCCUCCUGUCCUCCAUACACUUCCAGUGCAGAAGGCUGGAUAAAUCAGCACACUUCUCAACUCUUGCUAUCAAACAAAACCCUUUGCUGGCCGAGGCUUACAGCAACCUGGGUAACGUGUACAAAGAGCGCGGACAGCUGCAAGAGGCGCUCGAGAACUACCGCCACGCGGUGCGACUGAAGCCGGACUUCAUCGAUGGCUACAUCAACCUGGCCGCGGCGCUCGUCGCGGCCGGCGACAUGGAGCAGGCCGUGCAGGCGUACGUCACAGCGUUACAGUACAAUCCUGAUCUUUACUGCGUCAGGAGCGACUUGGGCAAUUUGCUCAAGGCCCUGGGACGUCUCGAUGAGGCAAAGGCAUGUUACUUGAAGGCCAUAGAGACGAGGCCUGACUUUGCAGUGGCAUGGAGUAACUUGGGAUGCGUUUUCAACGCACAGAGUGAAAUCUGGUUAGCAAUCCACCACUUUGAGAAGGCUGUCGCCUUGGACCCGAAUUUUUUGGACGCGUACAUCAAUUUGGGAAAUGUACUCAAAGAAGCGAGGAUAUUUGACAGAGCUGUCGCGGCUUACCUACGAGCAUUAAAUCUCUCACCCAACAACGCCGUGGUGCAUGGCAACCUGGCAUGCGUGUACUACGAGCAGGGGCUAAUUGACCUGGCUAUCGACACAUACAGACGGGCUAUAGAACUACAGCCCAACUUCCCAGACGCGUAUUGUAACUUAGCUAAUGCCCUCAAAGAGAAAGGACAAGUCGCCGACGCCGAGGAAUGUUACAAUACGGCACUUCGGCUGUGCCCCUCUCACGCAGAUUCGCUCAAUAAUCUCGCUAAUAUCAAGCGCGAGCAAGGAUACAUUGAAGAAGCCACGCGCUUGUAUCUCAAAGCUUUGGAAGUGUUCCCUGAAUUCGCGGCGGCGCAUAGUAAUUUGGCGUCAGUGUUACAACAACAGGGGAAACUCAAUGAAGCCCUCAUGCAUUACAAGGAGGCUAUACGCAUUCAGCCGACGUUUGCUGAUGCGUACAGCAAUAUGGGGAAUACGUUGAAGGAGAUGCAAGAUGUGGCGGGCGCUCUGCAGUGUUACACGCGAGCUAUACAGAUAAACCCUGCCUUUGCCGACGCGCACAGCAAUCUCGCCAGCAUUCACAAGGAUUCGGGCAACAUUCCCGAGGCCAUCCAGUCGUACAGGACCGCUCUCAAGUUGAAGCCAGACUUCCCUGAUGCGUACUGCAACUUGGCGCAUUGCUUGCAAAUUGUCUGCGAUUGGACCGAUUACGAAGCGCGCAUGAAGAAACUGGUCAGCAUCGUGGCCGAACAGCUAGAGAAGAACAGGCUUCCGUCCGUACAUCCACAUCACUCGAUGCUUUACCCACUUACGCACGACUUCAGAAAGGCCAUCGCAGCGCGUCAUGCGAACUUGUGUUUGGAGAAAGUCCAGGUUCUCCACAAGCCUUCGUACAAAUUCCCUCGUGAUUUACAAGGACGGCUUCGUAUAGGAUACGUUAGCAGCGAUUUCGGUAACCACCCGACGUCACAUCUGAUGCAGUCGGUGCCAGGACUCCAUGACCGCGCGAAGGUUGAAAUAUUCUGCUACGCUCUGAGCCCAGAUGACGGCACCACCUUCCGUUCCAAGAUCGCCAGGGAGGCGGAACAUUUCAUUGACUUGUCGCUGAUACCUUGCAACGGCAAGGCGGCAGAUAAAAUUUACGGUGAUGGUAUCCAUAUUCUUGUUAACAUGAAUGGUUACACGAAGGGAGCUAGAAACGAGAUAUUCGCGCUGAGACCGGCCCCCAUACAAGUCAUGUGGCUCGGAUACCCCGGUACCAGUGGAGCGAGUUACAUGGACUACUUGGUCACCGACGCCGUGACGUCACCAGUGGAACUGGCCAGUCAGUAUAGCGAGAAGCUGGCGUACAUGCCACACACAUACUUCGUAGGAGACCACAAACAAAUGUUCCCGCAUUUGCAAGAGCGUCUGAUUCUGAGCGAUAAAGUGAAGUCGCACAACAGUAUAGGCGUGGCGGAUAAUGUGGCGGUAAUUAACGCGACAGACCUGUCUCCGCUGGUGGAGAACACCGACAUUAAAGAGAUUAAGGAGGUGGUGAGAGCGGCGCGACCAGUCGAGAUCUCGCUGAAGGUGGCGGAGUUACCCACGACCACGCCCAUCGAGACGAUGAUUGCGUCCGGGCAGGUUCAGACGUCGGUGAACGGAGUGAUACUACAAAACGGCCUGGCGACGACGCAGACCAACAACAAAGCGGCGACCGGCGAGGAAGUGCCGCAGUCCAUCGUGAUCACGACGCGGCAGCAGUACGGGCUGCCCGACGAGGCCGUGGUGUACUGCAACUUCAACCAGCUGUACAAGAUCGACCCGCUGACGCUGCACAUGUGGGUGUACAUCCUGAAGCACGUGCCCAACAGCGUGCUGUGGCUGCUGCGCUUCCCCGCCGUCGGCGAGCCCAACCUGCAGGCCACGGCGCAGCAACUGGGACUCCCGCCGGGUCGCAUAAUCUUCUCGAACGUGGCGGCAAAGGAGGAGCAUGUGCGUCGUGGACAGCUGGCGGACGUGUGCCUCGACACGCCGCUGUGCAACGGACACACCACCAGCAUGGACAUACUGUGGACCGGCACGCCCGUCGUCACGCUGCCCGGAGAAACGCUCGCCUCCAGAGUCGCCGCAUCUCAACUGAACACUCUUGGAUGUCCCGAGUUGAUCGCGAGGACGAGGCAGGAGUACCAAGACAUAGCUGUAAGACUAGGAACUGAUAGGGAAUACUUAAAAGCAAUCCGCGCGAAAGUGUGGACGGCGCGCACGGAGAGUCCGCUGUUCGACUGCAAGGCGUACGCCAGCGGACUCGAGAUGCUCUACGGCAGGAUGUGGGCGCGAUACACGCGCGGCGACCGCCCCGACCACAUACAGGCGCGCGACAAGUAAACAGCGACGCUGCAACAACUUCAAAUACAUACAAGUCUCGAAAUAAUCUACAGUUUCAUUUAAUAACUGUCAGGUUCCAAUUAUACAGUUUUGUAAGUUGGAGAAUAACUCUCGUGAUGUGCGAUAGUGACUGUGUUGUCGAUCAACGAUCGCUGUGUUUAGAUUUAGCCGUUCGGAGGUUACGGACUAUGUACGUGCAGAGUAUGGACUGCGAGUGAUAUUAUUAUAAGAAACGUGGUUUACGAAUAUUUUACAAAUGUAUUGGAGUAUGUAAUGUCUGACAAUGUUGACGAUUUUAACGUUUCUCGAUUUGUGCAUUAUCGUGGUUUGAACCAGGACAUGUGAAUAUUUUGCUGAUUUGUGACGAAAUUUAACAUGAUGUAUUCUGCAUGAUGAUUGUCAUAUUAUUCUGUCUACAUUCAUGUCUUGUACCCUAUCUUAAUUGACGUAAUAAAAUUAUAAUUACUGUAUAUUCCUUGCAUGUUCUGAUAUACAUUUUGUGCGUUCGCUCGUGUACAAACUCGAACAAUGUGUUUGAGCAUAUCACGCUAGUUCUCGUAACUAUUAUGAGCAAUAAUGUACGUAAUGAAUACAUUUAGAUAGAAACGUGGCCUUUAUAGUAUUAUUACAAUUUUCUUCUAUGCCAACAUUGAUGUAUUAGUUUCAUUUUAGUCAAACGGUCUCUAUACAAAACUAUUUUUGUAGCUUACGCCGGACUAUGGUUAAUAUUUCGCAUUGAUGCGCAUUGUUAAUGUAAACUUCGCUAGGACGUUUUCGUCGUUGUCCCAAUUUAGAAUAUAAUGUUGUGAUAAUAGUCGGUAGCUUGGUUUAAAAUGCUCCUGCGAGACAUCUCGCGUCAACGAAAUUGUAACGUUAAGAUAUAUUUUUAAUAUUUGUGUUUCAAUUGAGAAGCAAUAUUGGUUGAAGUUCAUCCACGAUUAUAACCCUUUUUUGUUGUUGUAUGUAUUGGUAUUGCCAAAGUUACGCGUAGUGUAAUCUAUGACUAAAGUAUCAAGGUUGUGGAAUUUCAACCUUGCGCGAACGUAAGAGGGUUUCAACUGAAAAUAUUAUAUUACUCCAUCAACAAAUAAAUGAGACGACAUUCAAGCGACAACCGUUCAGCUUCCAGUCAGAGCUCCUGCGCUGUCCACUGAAAUAUAUAAGCUCAUGUUCGGCCCCUAUCGAAUGCUCCCAGGAUGGCUUCAUCUUCCUUUCAUCUAGAAGUCGUGGCCGAAAGUUGGGUCAACUAUGUGCGACAUAGAUUAUAGAAUUAGUGGUUAUGGAGGGAGCCGGGCAAGACUGAGUUUUCAAAACAUGGACGCCAGAGACACAUAGGUAAAUAUAGUUAUUAAGUAGGGCACAAUGAUUAUGUUCAACUGUUUUUAUGCCUUUCAAUAAGGCCAGCUGUUUCUCGCCUACGCGACGCGCUCUGUUACUUUAGUUAUUAAUUUUUAUGACCGAAUAUGAAUGACUGUUUUAGUGUUAAAGUUUUAGAUAAUUAUUUGUGAUAGUAUUGAAUGGCUAUGCUCCUUAGAUAGUUUCGUUUACAUAUCGAUACCCAGCGAUAUUAGAGCCAUAAACUCAAUUUAGCAUCGAAUUUAUAGUCAGAGAUAAACAACUGUUAAAUAUUGAAAUUGUUUCUUGAUGUUGUAUUUUGUUUUCAUGGCUUUUACUACUUAAUAUUAUCAAAUUUUUCAGUGAAGGUUUAAAUCAGCUUACCGUAUAUAAAUUUUAAAUGUAUUAAUUAAAACGUCGGACAAAUUGUUAACAUGCAUUUUUAGAGUAGCGAUGUCACUUACGAUAGUAUUUAUUUAUUUAUUAACGGUGAUUACUUUACAGCCAAUUUACAUGGUAAUGAUUUAUAGACAAAUUAAUCGGUAGGUAAAACUGUUUAGUGGACUUUAUCGAAAGACGGAUAUAGUUUGCCUUCAUCGACUCAUUGUAAAUAUCUCGUAUGUUAAGACGUUAAUUGUAAAAUUAAAUAUUGAGAAUGGAAA